AUGCAAGCACCCGUGGUGUAUAUGAAUACAAGCACUGAGCGCCAGAGCGGCCGCCAAGCGCAGGUGUCUAAUAUCACAGCAGCAAAAGCAGUGGCUGAUAUUAUCCGUACCUGUUUGGGACCAAAGGCAAUGUUGAAAAUGCUCUUGGAUCCAAUGGGAGGAAUUGUCCUUACGAACGAUGGACAUGCCAUUUUGCGAGAGAUCGAUGUGUCACACCCAGCCGCCAAGUCGAUGAUUGAAUUGAGUAGAACACAAGAUGAAGAGGUGGGUGACGGUACUACCACAGUGAUCAUCUUGGCUGGUGAAAUAUUGGCACAAACAUUCCCAUAUAUCGAAAAAAACAUCCACCCGGUGAUCAUCAUUCAGGCUCUUAAGAACGCAUUGAGCGAUGCUUUGGAAAUCAUACAUCAGGUGUCGGUUCCCGUGGACAUUGAAAACGAAGAAGCUAUGAUAAAGUUGAUCAAAGCCAGUAUCGGCACCAAGUAUAUCAAUAAAUGGUCACAGAAGAUGUGUCAGUUGGCUUUGAGAGCGGUGAGAACGGUGACGGUGCAAAAAGGAGACAACAAGGAGAUAGACAUCAAGAGAUAUGCUCGAAUCGAAAAGAUUCCCGGUGGUGACGUUGAAGAUAGUGAGGUACUCGACGGUAUUUUGUUAAACAAAGAUGUUACUCACCCCAAAAUGAGAAGAUACAUUGAAAACCCCCGUGUGGUGCUCCUUGACUGUCCUUUGGAAUACAAGAAGGGUGAGUCGCAGACAAAUAUUGAAAUUUCCAAGGAAGAAGACUGGAACCGUAUUUUGGAAAUCGAAGAAGAACAAGUGCGUCAAGUGUGUGACCACAUUCUCCUGCUCAAACCAGACUUAGUUUUGACCGAAAAGGGUGUAAGUGAUCUUGCUCAGCAUUUCUUAUUGAAGGGUGGAGUGAGUGCAUUGAGAAGAGUGAAGAAAUCUGAUAAUAAUAGAAUUGCCCGAGUCACCGGCGCCACUAUAGUCAACCGAGUCGAAGACUUAAAGGAAUCAGACGUGGGAACAAAGUGUGGACUCUUCAAAGUAGAGUUGGUGGGGGAUGAAUAUUUCUCGUAUCUUGUCGAGUGCAAAGAUCCUCAAGCAUGUACUAUAGUUCUUCGUGGUGCUUCCAAAGAUAUUUUGAAUGAGAUUGAGAGAAACUUACACGAUGCCAUGGCGGUGACCCGUAAUGUGAUGUUUGAGCCUUCACUUUCUCCAGGAGGUGGAGCCACGGAAAUGGCAGUCAGUGUCAAAUUAUCGGAAAAGGCUAAAUCUAUAGAAGGUGUAGCCCAAUGGCCAUACCAGGCCGUGGCCGAUGCAUUCGAAGUUAUUCCCAGAACUUUGGUUCAGAACUGCGGAGGUAACCCAAUCAAAGUGUUAUCGAAUGUGAGAGCUAAACAUGCCGAAGGUUUACAUACAUACGGUAUUGAUGGAGAAGUAGGAAAAGUGGUGGACAUGAACGAGUACGGCAUAUGGGAGCCAGAGGUGAUUAAGCUGCAGUCGAUCAAGACUGCGAUCGAAAGUGCUUGUUUGCUUCUCAGAGUCGAUGAUAUUGUCAGUGGAGUACGCCAGCAACAGCAAUAG